AUGGGAAAAAAAACUUUAGCUACUAUUCAUAUUUCUAUCACUAAAGAGCUGGACUAUUUUAAGGAUAAAAUUGAAGAAGUUAAUAAUUUAAAGAAUUUAGAAAAACAACUAUCAUCUUUUAUUAUUGAAAUAAGAACUAAAGAUGGAUCUGAAUAUAAAGCAGCUUCUGUUAGUGCUGCCAUUGCCACAAUAAAAUAUCAUCUUGAUUCAAAUUCUGUGUUAGAUUUAUUGAUCUUUAUAAAUAAAGCUAUUGUUUCAAGAUUUUGUACUAUAGCUGAUAGUAAGCUAAAAGCACUUGCUAAAAUAGUAGUUAGUUCUACACCAAAAAGAUUAAUUCAAAAGUUUUUUAUUUACAAUGCUGUUAUUUUAAGUUUCUGA